AGCAUGUGUUGUCUGUUGCAGGCUAGAGACACUACAAUCUCAAUGCCAUACAGAGUCCAGAGAAUAGAGGACUUUGUGAAACAGUUGGAGUCGGGAGAUUUGAAGCUCCGAGUUAGGGUGCUUGAGUCGGAAAGAGCUGCACGAAAAGCCACCAUAAUGCAGAUGGCCACUAUAUAUACAGCUUUGAGUGGAACUUUGCUGAACGUUGGGGUCACAUUGGGUAGCCAAGGGAACCAAGUGAUUGCUAAUGGAUCUUUCAUUGGUGCUGGUGUCUUCUUGACAUUGCUUAUCAGAUCCAUGCAAAGAGUGAAAAAGCUCGACAAAUUCGAGACGAUGAUUUGAACCCAUCGUCAUGUUGUAGCUUUUAAAUUCGCAUUCUUAAUUAUACCAAGAUCACCUAGAUCUCUUGUAUAUGAUUACAGGUUAGUUAGUUAGUUUAUCAUCAAAUAUGUACACGGGGAAAUCCCAUCAAGAAUCACAAAGAAAAAUGUAAAAAUAGAUGGCCAUUUCUUAUCAAUUUAUAAAAUUGGUUUUAAGUA